AUGGUGCCUCUCAGAAAUUUCACAUUCAACAAUUCUCUGAUUACGGCAUUCGUAGAGCGAUGGCAUCCGGAGACCCACACGUUCCAUCUCCCGUGGGGUGAGACCACUAUCACACUGCAGGACGUGGCGUACCACCUAGGGCUACGUGCAUACGGGGACUCAGUUAGGGGGUGCUUCCAUAACUUUGGUAAGUGGUACCACACGGAGACGUGGGAGCGUUGGUGGAGCGGCUGCUGGGUACCAGGCCUUCGAUGGCUCCACAGCAGGCGGCAGAAGAAGGAGUCGUUUACGCUGAAACUCGUAUGGCUAUGGGACCGUGUCCGCCAGAUGCUUCAGAUAGACGAUCCAGAGACCCUCCGACAGUACGCUAGGUGCUACAUCAUGUUACUGAUAGGAGGCUAUCUUAUGACAGACAAGUCGAACAACUUGGUCCACCUGCGUUGGCUCCCACUUCUUCAGGAUUUUUGGGCGGUGCUGGGCGUUAUCUUGGGGCUCGGCUGUGCUGACCUGGACGUAUCAGUCACUGUGUUCGACGGCACACCGAGGCGUCACGGACAUUGUUGGCUGCACUCCGCUAUUGAUAUCAUGGAUAUACCAGAGAUUUUCUCAGUGGUAUCCACCAGAGCGAGAGAUCUACAUCUAUCCGAUAACUACGAAGUAUAA